GGCGAUAGUUGAUGAGGCCGAAGGCUCAUAAUCUCGAGUUUUCGAGUUCUCGAGCUCAUAAUCUAAUUGUUAAAUAUAAAUUCAUCAAGUAGUGCUUAUAACACACUUUGUGCAGGUGCCCUGAAUUAAAACAGUAAGGUCUCUUUGUCCAAUGUUAUUUUUAAAAUUGUUCAGUGUCGUUCGCUGCCAAUCACAUGGUUUCAGUUUGGACCAGAGACACGGACCCAAGAAUCUUGUCUUAUAUUAUGCCUCACAAGAGAUAAUUGUUAACACGGCAUUUGUUCUUUGUAUCAACACUAAAGGGCGUGUUCAUGUUGUUCUUUCAUUUGUCUACAACUAAACAGAUCUUACCAGUGAAAAAGAAGAUGACAAAAUUCAAAAGGAUAUCCCUAAAGAAACUGGCUAUUUCGGAGAUAUUGACACAUCGUCCAGUGAAUCAUCGGACGCUCAAAGCUCGGAUUCUGAUGAUGAUAUUUCAAGAACGUCAAGGAAAGGUCAUAUACAAAUUCAGAUGAAGGCAGAGGAGUCCAAACAAACAGUUUGGCAGCAAGAAGAUCAUACUGUUGAGGCCAAUAAGGCAAGCCUAACCCAAAGCCCCAUUUUGUUUCCCAAAGAUGGAGAGUUUCCUAGAGGCAAAGCAAAUGUUAAAACUUAUUAUGAAACUAGGCCACUCAAAUGGAAAGAAAAUGGUCCCCACCUGAUUCAGACCAGCCAUUUUCAAGAAGCCCACAAUCUACGACAGCUAAAAUCUCUCCAUCGUUCAGGUAUUUCCUUCCUUCUGGGUUUAGGCAACGAACCAGUCCAGCAUUAUCUCAUCACAGCGCAUCAAAGGUUGGGCUACUUACUGACAUUAACUAGAGGAAGAAAUGCGUAUUGCAAGAUGCAAGCUCACAGAGCGGAAGCUCGCCAGUCUUCAGAAAACUUAAGCGCUUUUCUGGGAAACAAGGAUAAACACAACGCGAGUAUUGUGGACCCCUUACAACAGCUUUACUGCAGACUAGUUAAUAAAGAAUAUACAGCUACUGCAAACAGUGAGGAUCUGACUGCCAGAGGGAAAUCAGCCGAGUGCAUAAUGGAACGUUGUCAAUCCGCCGCCUCUGUAUUUUGGGUGCUGACUUACGCAUUUGGGCCAACAAGGGAGAUUUUGUUUUUUUAUGUAAGAACUGCAAACGCAUUUUAAGUAGUGUGUACUAUUUAGCCCAAAAUUGAAGAUUACAUAGAGAUGUGACAUUUUUUAAUAAUUUCUGGCUAAGAUACAUUUAACGCGGUAACAGCGGAAGCGACCAUGAAUUGUCUGAGUUGAUUUUCUUCGGAAAGAUUGAUUGAAACACGAAAACAAUAUGAACGUUUGAUUGAUCGUCGCACACAACUUAAGCAGUUGUGAAGUUAAAGCCUGAAAAGAAAUUCAGGCCUGAAC